AUGCCCAUCCGCUCAUUAGUCAUGCUCAAACAGACAAUAUCUGCCCACAGACGGGCACGGCGGGGAACCGGCCGAGUGUUACCGGCCCGAACUAGGCCUGUCCGUCUGCAGGCCACUCGCGCCACAUCUAUCCGUCCUCCUGGCUCUUGCUGCUACUGCUGUGAGCAUCAUAGACAUUGGCCAGGUCAAUGCGCUUCUUUUCUCUUCCAGCUCGCCGAAGGCGGCACUCGGAAGACGCAAUCAUCCACCCCAACACUACGAGCUCACUCUCACUACUCUUGA